AUGUUACAAAUCUCUCUUCUCUUUCCUCCUCCCCCCCUCAGCGGUACGUCAUGUAACGUACAAUAUAGAUGUACAAUAUAUAGAUGUCCACAAAGAGAGACUUGGAGCAAGUCUGUUGGGAAGCUGAAGUCACAUUUUGCAAGAUAUGGAGUUCCUGAUCAACUUAUCACAGAUAACGGACCGCCAUAUAACUCAGAAGCCUUUCGUGAGUUUGCAAGGGAGUUUGAAUUCGAGCAUAUCACCAGUUCUCCUGGAUAUCCGAAGUCCAAUGGAAAGUCAGAGAAUGCAGUGCGCACGGCUAAACGGUUGGUGAAGAAAGCGAAGGAGAGUGGCAGAGAUCCAUAUUUGUCGUUGUUAGAUUGGCGUAACACUCCAAGCGAGGGUGUUGGAUAUUCACAUGCACGACGAUUGCUGUGCCGGCGAACUAGAACAUUAAUUCCAACAGCAAAGAAUUUGCUAAAGCCUAUAAUCCCAAAGGGUGUCGACCGUAAAUUAUUGGAGCAGAAAAGCAAGCAAGCUUUUUAUUACAACAAGGGUACGAAGGAAUUAUCGGAGUUGAAAGAAGGUGAUCUGGUUCGUAUCAAGCCGUUGAAGUUAGCAGAGAAACGCAAACCAUGGUUGCAAGCGAAAGUCGAAGGAAAAGUGGACAUUCGAUCCUAUCAGGUACGAACAGAAGAUGGUCGAGUGUACAGACGAAAUCGACAGCAUCUUCGACAUUCAAGAGAGCAACCAGAAGAAAGUACUACAGCUUUUGAUUUCCAGCCACCUUUCAUUGAAACAAGUGCUACAAGGGACAGUGUCGAACAAUCAAGUCAAGAUCACGUUGUUAGUCAACCACCUUCUGAUCAACCACAGCCAGAGGUCGAGGGAGAUUCGACAGAACAACAGACAUCUAUGAAGACCACACCUGUUAUGUUAGAUGGUCAACAGAGAACACGGAGUGGAAGAGUUGUUAGAAAACCCUGUUGAUAUCAAGAUUAUGGGACAUGAGCUAGUGACUAUAGUUAGAUAAAUUAAGUUAUAGUGACUAUUAGUUAGAUAAUUAUGAACUGACUAAUAACUUUAUUGUGCAGUCUUUGUUGAUAUUUACUCUCGUAUGA